GUUAGCAGACUGGCCUUGAAUUCCUGACGUCGUGAUCCCCCCCGCCUCGGCCUCCCAAAUUGCUGGGAUUAAAGGUGGGAGGCACCGCGCCCGGCUGAUGAAUUUACUUAUAAUGUUUUAUCAAAUUAGCUCUAGUAUUGAUAAUGCUCUAUUACCAAAGUGAAUGUUGAUUUUCUUUUGAACAAAAAUUUUAUGUAUCAAUAUACAUAAAAUGGUUUUGUUCACAUUUUGAAUACAUUGAAAAAGAGAGCAAAAAAGAGACCGAAUUUUCCCAUGCUCUAGGGUGGGCCUGGCUCAGCUCAAGGAGGAAGCCUUGCCUGAAAAUGCAGCAGCUUAGAUUGUCACACGUUCUUCAUUCAGCUCCGCGUCUCAUCACAUCUUCUGUCACUCAGAGUCAGAGAAGGCGGGGUCUUAAAUGUUAUCCAAUCAGGGACACUGGUCUGGGAACUGUCCAAUCAGGCACACAGCGGGAGCGGACAGGGCGGCUUCCGGGAUGUGGCGGGGUCUUUGUCUCUUGCUGCGGCCGGACCUCCAUGUCUCUGCUUCACUCGUCUCUGCCCUCUCCUUUUAGAGGCCGAGCCUCUGUGACUCUGUGACCUGCAGGUAUUGGAGAUCCACACCUAAGACGCCAGGACCCUGUGAAAGCCUAGAAAUGGGACUAUUGACAUUUAGGGAUGUGGCCAUAGAAUUCUCUCUGGAGGAGUGGCAAUGCCUGGACACUGCACAGCAGAAUUUAUAUAGGAAUGUGAUGUUAGAGAACUACAGAAACCUGGCCUUUCUGGGUAUUGCUGCCUCUAAGCCAGACUUGAUCACCUGUCUGGAGAAAGCAAAAGAGCCCUGGAAGAUGAAGCGACAUGUGAUGGUGGAUGAACUCCCAGUUAUAUGUCCUCAUUUUGCUCAAGACCUUUGGCCAGAGCAGGGCAUGGAAGAUUCUUUUCAAAAAGUAAUACUGAGAAGAUAUGAAAAAUGUGGACCUAAGAACUUACAGUUUAAAAAAGGCUGUAAAUGUGUGGAUGAGUGUAAGGUGCACAAAGAAGGUUAUAAUGGACUUAAUCAGUGUUUCACAACUACCCAGAGCAAAGUGUUUCAAUGUGAUCAAUAUCCGAAAGUUUUUAAUAAAUUUUUAAAUUCAAACAGACAUAAGGUAAGACAUACUGGAAAGAAAUCUUUCAAAUGUAAAAAAUGUGUCAAAUCAUUUUGCAUGAUUUCACACAAAACCCAGCAUAAAAGCAUUUAUACACGAAAGAAGUCCUACAAAUGUAAAGAAUGUGGAAAAAUCUUUAAUUGGUCCUCAACCCUUACUAAUCAUAAAAAAAUUCAAACUGAAGAGAAACCCUACAAAUGUGAAGACGUUGGCAAAGCUUUUAAGCAACCCUCAACCCUUUCUACACAUAAAAUAAUUCAUGCCAGAGAGAAACUCUACAAAUGUGAAGAAUAUGGCAAAGCUUUUAACCGGUCCUCAAAUCCUACUACUCAUAGGAUAACUCAUAGUGGAGAGAAACUUUAUAAGUGUGAAGAAUGUGGCAAAGCAUUUAUCUGGUUCUCAACCCUUACUAAACACAAGAAAAUUCAUACUAGAGAGAAACUCUACAAAUGUGAAGAAUGUGACAAAGCAUUUAUAUGGUCCUCAACCCUAUCUAGACACAAGAGGAUUCACACUGGAGAGAAACCCUUCAAAUGUGAAGCGUGUGGCAAAGCUUUUAGCCAGUCCUCAACCCUUAAUACACAUAAGAUAAUUCAUACCGGUGAGAAACCCUACAAAUGUGAAGAAUGUGGCAAAGCUUUUAAGCAACUCUCAACCCUUACUACACAUAAAAUUAUUCAUGCUGGAGAGAAACUCUACAAAUGUGAAGAAUGUGGCAAAGCUUUUAAUAGAUCCUCAAAUCUUACUACACAUAAGAUAAUCCAUACUGGAGAGAGACCUUACACGUGUGAAGAAUGUGGCAAAGCAUUUAUCUGGUCCUCAACUCUUACUAAACAUAAAAGAAUUCAUAGUAGAGAGAAACCCUACAAAUGCGAAGAAUGUGGCAAAGCAUUUCUAUGGUCCUCAACCCUAACUAGACAUAAGAGGAUGCACACUGGAGAGAAACCGUACAGAUGUGAAGAAUGUGGCAAAGCUUUUAGCCAAUCCUCAACUCUUACUACACAUAAGAUAAUUCAUACUGGAGAGAAACCUUACAAAUGUGAGGAAUGUGGAAAAGCUUUUAACUGGUCCUCAACUCUUACUAAACAUAAGAUAAUUCAUACUGAAGAGAAACCCUACAAAUGUAAAAAAUGUGGCAAAGCCUUUAACCAGUCUUCAAUCCUUGCUAACCAUAAGAGAAUUCAUACUGGAGAGAAGCCCUACAAAUGUGAAGAAUGUGGCAAAUCUUUUAACCGGUCUUCAACCUUUACUAAACAUAAGGUAAUUCAUACUGGAGUAAAACCCUACAAAUGUGAAGAAUGCGACAAGGCCUUUUUCUGGUCCUCAACUCUAACUAAACAUAAGAGAAUUCAUACAGGAGAGCAAACCUACAAAUGGGAAAAAUUUGGCAAAGCCUUUAACCAGUCCUUGCACCUUACUACAGCUAAGACAAUUCAUAUUGGAGAGAAGUCUUACAAGUGUAAAUAAUGUGGCAAAGCAUAUAAAAAGUCUUAAAUUCUUUUUUUUUUGUUUUUUUUUUGAGACGGAGUUUUGCUGUUGUUACCCAGACUGAAGUGCAAUGGCACAAUCUCAACUCACCGCAACCUCUGCCUUCUGGGUUCAAGCAAUUCUCCUGUCUCAGCCUCCCGAGUAGCUGGGACUACAGGCAUGUACCACCAUGCCCAGCUAAUUUUUGUAUUUUUAGUAAAGAUAGGGUUUCACCUUGUUGACCAGGAUGGUCUUGAUCUCUUGACCUCGUGAUCCACCCGCCUCGGCCUCCCAAAGUGCUGGGAUUAUAGUUGUGCGCCACCGCGCCUGUCCAAAAAGUCUUAAAUUCUUAAUAAGCAUAACAUUCAUGCUGGAUAGAAACUCUACAAACCUGAAAGAUGUGCUAAUGCUUUUUACAAUACCUCAAACUAUUCUAAACAUAAAGAAAAUCAAAUGUAUUUUCACUUGCAGUAAAUAUAAAAGAUAUUCAAUUCAAAAUUAAAUAUCAGGGAAUAAUUCACAGAAAUAUCUAGGGCACUCUAAAAUUAGACAUUACAUGAAAUCAGAGUGCUGAGUAUAGAAAAUGCAAACUCAAGUUUGUGUAAGCAUUAUUUGUAUAUAACUUUAAAAGAAUUAGAAUAUUUUUUGGAGCAUUAUAAUUACAUUCAAAGUAUACUUUUUUUGAAAAUACAGAUUUUUUUAAAAAGUGAAUAAUAAUGGUGUUAAACUCUGAAAUUACUUCAUGCUGUUUCAUCAUUCCUGGUGUAUUCACAUGUGAAAGCAUGUGACUAAUUGUUGCUGCAUAAAAGAUAUGAGAGAUUCUUUUUUAUUCGGCAUUAUUUAUGAUCUUUUUUGUGGAAAGGUAAGGACAUUAAAAUGUAAGAUGCAUGAUGAAAAUUUAAGUAGGGAGGCUCUUUGUAGUUAACUUAUAAUAUUGAGUGAUGCAGGAGGUAGGUGUUCAAAGUAAUAUUCUUCUGCAUUAUUAUGAAAGAGAAAUAUUCUUAAUUUUAAAAUUUAGUAGUAUGUUGUUUUAUUAAUUGUGCUUUUAUGGAAUAAUAUGCAGCAUAUUUUAAAAUUAUAAGUUAUAUGCGAAUUUAUCAAUUCAACAUUUUUAACAUGUUAAAUAUGAUUUUGAAUUCAAUAAAUUGUUCUUAUGCCACUAACCUUAACCUAUUCCACGUUACUCAAGGGUGUAGGUAAAAGAUGGUAAGAAUACACUAUUUGGUAAGGUAAUGGACUAACAUCUCUAGUGAUCUUUUUUGCCAGUAGCUUUAAAUUGCCAGUAAGUUAAAAAAUAUUAUCCCUAUAGGUUAAAAUUUUAUUCCUAUUUUCACAUUUAAAUUUAUUCUUAAUUUUUGUGGAUACAUAAUAUGUGUAUAUAUUUAUGCCAUAUAUGGCAUAUUUUUGAUACAAGCAUACAAUAUAUAAUAAUCACUUUAGAGGAAACGAAGUAUCCAUUACCGCUAGCAUUUAUUCUUUGUAUUACAAGCAAUUUAAUUCUACAGUUUUACUUGUUUUUAAAUGUACAAUUAAAUUGUUAUUGACUCCAGGGUCAUUUAUAUGGCCGUAAUGAAAAUUAUAUACUAAGAAUUAUAUACAAAUACAAGUAAAAUCCAUACAUUUCUGAGUUCUGAAUAUUUUUAUACAUUUUAA